UUCCUAGAGACAAGAGGCAAGAGAAGGAGGUUGCGGCAGUCAGAGGAAGCGAGGGAGCCCCAUUCUACAUUUCUGCUUCUUCUCUUCCCAUUGCCGAAGUCCCCCUCCCCCCUUCUCUCUCUACUUUGAAGCGUCAAAGGCCAAAAGGCUCGCGAACAUGCCAAUCCUUUCGAAGCUCUAUACGAUGCAAGAGGCUUCCCAGCAUAACACCAAAGGUGAUUGCUGGGUGGUUAUUGAGGGCAAGGUAUACGAUGUGACCUCAUAUUUGGAUGAUCAUCCGGGGGGAGAUGAAGUAGUCCUUCUUGCAACUGGGAAAGAUGCGACGGAUGAAUUCGAGGAUGCUGGCCACAGCCAAAGUGCCAGAGAACUUAUGGAGAAGUUUUGUAUUGGUGAGGUUGACCCUUCACCACCUGUUUCCUCGAAAAAUCAAGCUGCAAUUUAUUCAGAAAAGUUCUUGCAGUUGACAAAGCAAUAUUGGGCUGUUCCUGUGGCCGUUCUUGGCAUCUCAGUGAUAGCUGGUUUUUUAUACUUGCGUAAGAAGUAAUACCACACCUAAUUUUUUCCCCAUUAUUGAAACUGGAAAUGAAUAGUUGCAACGGAUGUUUUACUGUUUCAAGGAAAAGCACUAGUAACGUCGGCCUGUUUCAUGAUAAGUUUUGGUUACACGCAUUACAUUGAAAAAUUGGUCAAGUAAUGGAUAUUGAAAAUCUUAGUUCACAUUGAUGACUUUGGACCUUAAA